UCAGAGCAGUGCUGCCAGGCAGGGAGGAGGGAGAGCACUCGUGUUAUUGAUGUAACAGCAAGCAUGAGAGGUUGUCUGCACUGCUGAACAAGGACUACCGACAAGCCGGUUGCUGUAAGAAUGUAAACAAAAGGAAUAUCGUGGAUAGGGACUGCUUAGGACGCUGACAGAAGUUCUAGCUUUCAUCCAUACUGACAAUGGUAGAUGUGGGAAAAUGGCCAAUUUUCGCACUUUGCCCUCAAAAGGACCUGAAAUCCAUCCAACAGGCUUGUGUGUUUGGUUCUGGAAAUGAGGUCUUGUACAUCACAAGAAACAAUGAGGUUUUCGUGAUGGGGACAAACAGCAGUGGCUGUCUAGGGACUGGAGAUGCUCAGAGUACCAUUGAACCAAGGUGUCUUCCCAUGCUCUCUGGAAAGAAGAUAGUCAGCCUCAGCUGUGGAAGUGGGCCACACGUAGUCAUUGUUACUUUUGAUGGAGAAGUAUAUAGUUGGGGUCAUAAUGCCUACAGCCAGUUGGGCAAUGGAUCCACAAAUCAAGCGUUAACCCCAUGCCAAGUGUCAACUAACUUGGUAAAUAAGAAAGUUGUAAAUGUGGUUUGUGGCUCACAUCAUUCAAUGGUGACUACGGCUGAUGGUGAGGUGUACGCUUGGGGAUACAAUAAUUCUGGACAAGUUGGUUCUGGCUCUACUGCUAAUCAGCCUAUUCCAAGAAGAGUUACCAGCUGCCUACAGAAUAAGUUUGUUACUGGAAUUGCUUGUGGACAGAUGAGUUCUAUGGCUAUUGUAGAAAAUGGAGAGGUUUAUGCAUGGGGCUACAACGGAAAUGGACAGCUGGGGUUGGGAAGCAGUGGCAACCAGCCAACACCGUGCAGAAUAGCAGCUCUUCAAGGUAUUCGUGUGGAACAGAUUGUGUGUGGCUAUGCUCAUACCAUAGCACUAACCGAUGAAGGAGGAUUGUAUGCUUGGGGGGCCAACUCCUAUGGUCAGUUGGGUACAGGAAACAAGAGUAAUCAGUCCUACCCAGUUCAAGUGACUGUGGAUAAAGAAAGAAUAGUAGAAAUAGCAGCCUGCCACUCAUCACACACAUCGGCUGCCAGAUCUCAGAGUGGUCAGGUAUACAUGUGGGGCCAGUGCCGAGGACAAGCUGUCAUCUCACCGCAUCUCACCCACUUCACCUGCACAGAUGACGUGUUCGCCUGUUUCUCCACCCCAGCCAUAAUGUGGAGGCUGCUUUCAGUAGAGCCAGAUGAUCACCUGACUGUAGCAGAGUCAUUAAAAAAAGAAUUUGACAAUCCCGAGACGGCUGACUUAAAGUUUUUAGUGGAUGAAAAAUAUAUUCACGUGCACAAGGUUCUCCUUCAGAUUAGGUGUGAACAUUUUCGCUCCUUUUUACAUGAAGGUGAUGAAGACGUAAUUGAAAUUCAUCAGUUUUCCUACCCGGUAUAUCGUGCUUUUUUGGAAUAUUUGUAUACAGAUAAUAUCAGCAUUUCUCCUGAGGAUGCCAUUGGACUUCUGGAACUAGCUACAUUAUACAGAGAAAAUAGACUGAAGCAACUAUGCCAGCAGACCAUAAAACAAGGUAUCUGUGAGGAGAAUGCGGUCGUACUGCUGUCAGCUGCCGUUAAGUAUGAGGCCCAGAACGCAUAAAAAAAAAAAAGGAUCCAAUGUUUUUAUGUUUGAUGGGGAAAUUAUUCAGGAUGCCUGGAUAUUGCCAAAAAGCUGCAGUCAUGUGAAAAAGUACUGAUUAUGAGUAUGCAGGUGGACCUUGUAUUAUAACUAGGAUCAGGUGGUCUCCUUGCUAUUGAUGAGUGUGGCAUCCCCCUGCCAAGAUCAAAGGACGUUUGAGUCUGUCAGGGAUUUCAAAGGAUUUACAAAUAAUUGGGUAAAUAAAAAAUUCCAGUGUUAUGAAAAAGUGGCAUAGAUUUCAAACUACUGCAAAUUUAUCCAAGACUGGCCAAACCAAGAACUGACUGUGAUGCUAAAAAGGGCUUAAAGUACCCUAAAAUGCAAUUACAGGAUCUGCAGGUAAGCCCCCGUUCACACCGGUAUGGCUUUGAAAUCACGCUACUUCAGUGCAAUUUCAAAGCCGCAAAUCAGUGUGAUUUGCACUGCCAAUUUCAUUGCGGCUUGCAGCUUCAUACAACAGACGUCUAUGCAAGUUGAAGUGAAAUCGGCAAAAAGUAGCACAGGAACCUUGAGUCACAGCUAUUUGAACGGUUCAAUUCCCAACAAUCGGGUGCGAUUUUUGAUGUGAUUCGGAACUGUCAAAUCGCAUAACAAAUCGCACUGGUAUGAACAAGUGCUAACUCUUACAAAAACUGGAGUCAAACCGCUACAAUCAGAACGAGAUUGCCAUGAAAAGCCUUUGCUGUCCAGGAAGAACAUUAAAGCAAGUCUAUAGUUUGCAAUUGAACGUGAAUGCAAAGACCAGGCCUUCUGGAGCAAUGUACUGUUGGUUCAUGAAUCAUAGGUAGAGUUAUCUGGCUACAGUAACAUUAGUCCUAUUUGGAGCCUACUCGGUACAGAAUUUAAGGAGAAGAACAUCAUGCCAACUGUGAAGCAUGGUCAUGAAAAUGUUAUAAUUUGGGACGGCUUGCAGUUAUUGAUGUGUGCAAAAUUUUAUAGUUUACUCAAAAAGCGUGCUUGAUGAGAAUAUGAGGCCAUCUGUCCAAAAAUUUAAGUUUGAACCAGAAAUGAAUCUUUCAACAUGAAAAUAAUCUGAAGCUCAUUUGCAUAUCCACCAAGGAAAAAUGUAUCUUAUGGGCUGGCCUAGUCAAGUUGUGUGAUUCAUAUCCCAGUUGUGGAACGAUUUAAUAUAGACUGAUCAUGCAAGGCAAUCCACUAAGACAUUUUGUAGAUUAGUGGCCAAAAAAAAGUCAGGGUUAAUAUCUGAGACUGGUGGACAAAGAUGCAAAAAGCCUGCAAGUCACUUCUUGUAAAGAGUGCAAUACCAGUGUCUGAGUAAAAGGGUGUACUUACUUUUUCAACAACGUUUACAUCUAUUGAUACUUUUCUUUAUUAAAUGAUUGCACAGACAAA